AAAUGGCAUUUAACGGCUCAGAACAGGCGGAGACACCGGAGGAGGCAGCCACGCAAGCUGGGAAGCACUUCUGUCGCUUCACAUCUCGACGAAUCCCACAUAUGCACACAGGAUUGGACUUGUAUACUUAAUUCCGACUCAAAUCAAUGAAGGAGAGACGCUCGUGUCAAAAACUAUCUCUGAAAUCCGGCAUGGAUCCCAGUCAGAGUGUAAAGUGUAAGAUAGUGGUGGUGGGAGACAGCCAGUGCGGGAAGACUGCCCUGCUUCACGUGUUCGCCAAGGACUGUUUCCCCGAGAGCUAUGUCCCCACAGUGUUUGAAAACUACACAGCCAGUUUUGAAAUCGACACGCAGAGGAUUGAGCUCAGUUUGUGGGACACCUCAGGAUCUCCGUACUACGACAAUGUGAGGCCUCUCUCCUAUCCCGACUCUGACGCGGUCCUCAUCUGUUUCGACAUCAGCCGCCCUGAAACACUCGAUAGCGUACUGAAAAAGUGGAAAGGGGAGAUCCAGGAGUUUUGUCCCAACACUAAGAUGUUGUUGGUUGGAUGCAAGUCAGACCUGCGCACCGACCUGAGCACACUGGUGGAGCUUUCCAACCACAGACAGACACCAGUCUCUUAUGACCAGGGUUCCAACAUGGCCAAGCAGAUCUCGGCGCCCUACAUCGAGUGCUCGGCUCAGCAGUCAGAGAACAGUGUCAGAGACAUUUUCCACGUGGCCACACUGGCUUGCAUCAACAAAAAUAGCAAAAACGUCAAGCGCAGUAAGGCCACCCGCGGCAACAAGAGGAUCUCACACAUGCCAAGUAGGCCCGACCUGGCGGCUGUGGCCUCGGACCUCCGGAAGGACAAAGCCAAAAGUUGCUCAGUGAUGUGACUGAUCAGACUGAGGGGGAUUAGACUGAGAAUGAGGACAGCGCACAGUGCCAGCAGGAAGCUAUGGGGCAACGCUCAUUCCUGCAUGCUAAAGACCCCUUAUUUGUCUGGAAAGGGGUUUUAUGAGCUUCAAUUCAUGUACACGUUGCUGGAAUACUCUGUACCAGUGAAAACUCAAUACGUAGUAGCAUCCCAAUCCAUGCGCACCCCCCUCCCCCCUCUGCCCCACCAGACGAGGAAGCCAUCUGUCAGCGAGCUACCUGCUCGAGGAAGUGACCUGCUUCCUUUGGGAGGACAGAGCGGUUGAGGCUUUCGAGCGGCCGAGGCUUUCAACACCAGCAGGAAAUGAGCAUGAGGAGCGAUGUUAUUUAGGAGAUGCUCAUUUGUAAAGGAUGGGUUUAAGAACAUGUGAUCUUUUGAAGGAGAGCCAAAGCCGGUGAUGGGGGUGGGGGUGGGGGUGGGGGUGGGGGGGUUGCUGCCUGGGAAAAAAAAAGAGGAGGGGCUGUUUGUGCUGGAUCAGAGACUUUCUGCUUGGAAGUCUUGUACACCAACUCGUCACUGUAGUUUGGAACUGAUUCACUUUCUCCCCCCGCCCCACCCAAGCUCCUGUGACUGUGUAGUCUGUGUACAAAGGACAUUAGAAGAGCAAUUUCUCAGUCCUGCACAAAGGAAACCUGACGCUGUUUGUCCCCUGUCUCUGAUAUCUCGUCGGUAUAAUGUGAAGUCAUUGCUGUGUUACUGCAUCUGUUUAAUUUUAUCUUCAUCCUGAUGAGUUGAAACCAUUUAAACAGCUAAUCCUCGGAGCGGUUCUUUGAGUUUAUAACAGCUUGUUUGUAGCAGUCAGACAGCCAUUCUGUGCCCGUUUAUUUUACCUCAACAGCUAUAGAUAAAAAGACUGAAGAUAGAAGAUAAAAUGACUCAAAGCUGAAUUUAGACUCCAGGAUAUGGCCAACAAUUCAUCAAGUCCUUGUGAUGAACAAAUGCAAUUUGGCCUUUUUAAUUAGUGACACUGUUUUGAAAUGAAAAUAAACCCUUAAAACCCUUAAUGGUCCCUUAAUGGGUCGGAAAGCUUUAGUUGACACAUGGACUAAUUGUUUUAAUGUGAAUAAUCUACCAGGCUGACAGCCAGUUUGAGCUAUGAGUUAUUUUCCCACUGCACUUUAGGGAGGGAAUGUAAAUGUAAGCAACAACUAAAGCUUGUUUAUCAGGCGGUGGAAGCAUCAGAGCUCUUUGCCUUGCAUUUCCAUGUGUUCAGCCUCUGCUGUUUGGUCAAAUCCUCACACAGGCCCGGUCACACCCGCAACUAUUUGGAUAAUCAAAUAAUUGUCAUUUUACACAGCUUUUUAACAGUUUAAAGACUAAAUGACUACUUAAGAAACUAAUCGUCAGGUUAAUAGUCACUGAAAAUAAUCAUUAGCACUACUUCAUUGAAUGACGUGGUGUACUGAGCGGAGGCGGGGUAAACGACGCAGACAAAAAUGGAAAAGAAGCUCAGGUUCUAAUGUGUCUGAUUGGCGUUAACUGUCUGGCUAGCUCGUUAGUUGUUAGGUAACUACUCUCUGAUUCAGUUUUUUUUAAAUACCAAUAAUUUCUGGGGACAAAACAAGACAUUUGAGGACGUCAUCUUGGGCUUUUGAAAACCACUGAUCUAUUUUUUUCACCAUUUUCGGACAUUUUAUAGACCAAACUAAUCGGUUAAUUGUGAAAAUAAUUGUUACUUGCGUCCCUCUUUAGAGGUUACAUAUUUUGCAAUGGCAAGGAAAAUAAUUUAGCUGUUUCACUUUCUAGUGUGACCGGGCCUUUGCUUAAAUUGUAGUUUAGUUUUAUUUCCCUUACGUGGUUCAAAAGUAGGUCAUUUCAGUGGAUGGGUUCCAAUAACCUUCAUUUGAAUUAUGUCAUCAUGUACACAACAAAUGGGUUAAUUUGAAAAUGAGACUUUUUCAAAGUCUUGACCAACAGUGUUGUUUACAGUGUAAAUUUGUUUUGUUUUUUUCUCUAACAGUGCCAGUAAGGAGCUGUUUAAAUAUCAGAGGUAUUGAUGCACUUUUAAUGUAACGUCCCAUAAUCUUGUUGCAAAUUCCGGUGCUGUCUCUUUUGGCAGCUCAGUGGCCCAACUCUUAUCUUAGUUUUUUCUGACCUGUUGUCUCUCCCCCAUGUACAGUAUCAUGUUUUCUUGAAUGUUGAUGUCCCCUUCAAAUGUUUUUGCCAAUGUUGUUGCCGCAAUAUUUAUUGAAUUAUAUAUUUUCCCUUUAGAAUAAAUGCAAAUGGAAUUGAA